UCAGAGUGCUGCCAUCCUCAAAGAAAGCCCCGCCCCCUGCAGCUGAUACAGACUCAGAGGCCUGUACGGUGACCUCUGACCCCGGGCCCUGCCGCGCGGCCUUCCCCAUGUUUUACUACGACCUGAACACCGCCAGCUGCCAGACCUUCCUCUAUGGGGGGUGCCGAGGAAACAGGAACCGCUACAGCAGCCUGGAGGACUGCAUGACUCGCUGCCAGAACACAGGUUCCUUUGACACUCGUGGGAAAGCUCGUGACCGCUGGACUGCAGCCGUCUUCCUCUUCGUCACGCUGGCGGUUGUCUCCACUCUGCUGCUGACGACCCUCGUCAUCAUCACUCUGAGACGCCACCGUCUGUCCCGCCUCCCUUCCUCCUUCAGUGAUAAGGAGGAGCUGCUCCCAGACGAACAAUCUUCUGUGGAGUCCCUGAACGUCUCAGAGAGCCCCAAACCAGACCAGGCCUGAGGAGAUCUGAUCAUAUUCAUCUGGAAUAACUCUAAUAUAUAUAACUGUCAUUUGGAUUACCUUUAUGAUAUGACUGUUAUCGGGAUUAUCUUUAAAUAUAAACUCAUCUGGAUCAUUUUGAUAAUACUAUUAAAUGAGUUUAGUUGAGUUAGGCUGGGUUAGGGGUUUAGGGGUAUCAUUGAUUUAUUAAUAAAUAAGGAAACUAAAUUGAUAAUAAAACGUUUUCUUUGUAGAACGGCUGACGGUUUGUGUAAAAUACGUAAUCAUUUGACGCUGCAGUUUUACGGUUUGAUUGAGGAACUGUUAGUAAUUUUUCUCGUUUAGUUUAAAACAUAUUAAAAUGUGCGGAUUUGUACCGAUAUGAGUUUAUAUUUUAAAAGUUAUUUAUAUGUUGCCUUUUUAAAGUGGUGAAUACGAUAAUUUCUGAUUAUCGUUCAGCGCUAAUCUGUCGUUUAAUACAAAAAUAUUUUCUAUAACGUCUGGUUUUUAAAUCUUUGUAAACUGUAUAACCUUUAUACCUGCGUCGUGCCUCAAGAUGAUUUACACUUUCAUAUUUUAUGAAGUUAAUGUGAAAACACGUUUGAAUGAAUGACCGUGCUGCAGGGAGAGGAAAUCAACCAAUCACAGCCCUACCUGGAGCCUACUUCCCACAAUGCAUCAGGACUCUGAUUACCUGGAGCCUACUUCCCACAAUGCAUCAGGACUCUGAUUACCUGGGGCCUACGUUUCCCAUAAUGCAACAGAGCUUUGAUUCCCUGGAGAACACGUUUCCCAUAAUGCAACAGAGCUUUGAUUCCCUGGAGAACACGUUUCCCAUAAUGCAACAGUCUAUUGAUGGAUUAGUACUUUUGAUUAAUUAGUAAUUGUUAAAGGAUCCUCGAACACAAUUAUUUGGAUAGUUUCAUAUCAAACAAAUGAAUUAACUGAUAUUCUGUCAUGCUGUGUUUUAAUUAAAAGAGCUCCAGAAUAAGUCUAUUUUUCUCUGUGAUCAAAGUUUCUGUUUUUACAUAUGAAGGGUUUUUCUUUGUCUCAAUAAAAAUGUAUUUACACCUCAA